AUGAAGGCAGUUAAUCCAAAAAUAACUUCCUUUUUUACAAGUAAGGGUAACCUUGGAGUUAAAAGGCCGUGUGAAGAUGAAGAUUCUGAUUCAGAAAACUCAAAAAAUAAUCAGCCACAGGUACCUAUUUGUAACGAUGUAAUUUCAACCGAUAUAAGUUUGUUUGUCAAUCGACGUCUAUCUGACGAAGAAAAACUAUUGGUUUUAAAAAAUGUAUGGAAGCCCCAAAAAAAUUAUGACUUUCCGUUAUUGGAACUUAAUAAAUGCAGGAGCUUAAAAUUUCAGUAUGCAUGGCUUGAUAAAUAUUCUUGGCUUGCUUAUUCUAAAGCUUUAAAUGGUGCUUUUUGCAAGUACUGCGUAGUAUUUGCUGGUAAUACAGGUGGUGUUGGAAACCAGCCUUUGGGAAAUCUUGUAAUAUCUCCUUUCCAGCAGUAUAAAAAUGCACAUAGAACUUUAGGUGUUCAUCAAGCUAGAGAAUAUCAUAUUGCUUCAGUUACUGACUCUGAACAUUUUAUUAGAAUAAAAGAAAAUAAUCAGCCGACAAUAGUUGAAAAAAUAGAUUCUAACAGACGUGCUAAAAUCAUCGAAAAUAGAAAAAGAUUGAUUCCGAUCAUAGAAUGUGUUUUGUUGUGUGGACGUGAAGAAAUUCCAUUGAGAGGGCAUAGUGACUAUGGGAGAAUUAUUGUUGAUGAUGACCAUGACGGAUCUAGAGAAGGCAAUUUCCGUGCUAUUCUUAAGUAUCGAGCCAAAGGUGAUCAGUUUUUAAAAAACAUAUUAGAGGGUCCUGUAAACUCUGCUAAAUGUUUUUCCAUCUUGGCUGAUGAGACUACCGACAUAUCAACAAAAGAGCAGCUGUCACUUACUGUACGGUAUAUUGAUGAUGAUGCUAUUCUUCAUGAAGACUUCCUUCAAUUUUAUGUAAUUGAAAGUUUAACUGGGUCCGACCUAGCAUCCUCUAUUUUAAAUGCUUUAAUUAAAGCACUUGAUACAAUUUGUUCAGAAUGGAGUGAUACAACAGAUGCAAGUAUCCUUAAAAAAUGUAUACUUGAUUCUGAGUUCCUAAUUGCCUUAAGUGUCACAAAGUUACUUUUUUCUUUUGGACUUCCACUAUGUAAAUUAUUGCAGAAAGAACGUAUCGAUUUAAAAUGUACUGUUAAUAUGAUUGAAGUUUUAAUAAUAACGCUAAAAAAAAUUAGAGAAGAUGCCAAAAAUGAAUUUCAUAUUUUAUAUGAAAAUGUAGAGAAAAUAGCUAGUGAAUUUGAUUUGGAAUUGACAAAGAAAAGAGUUGUAGGAAAACAAACAAACAGAGAAAAUCCACCCAAUACUAAUUCAGUUGAAGAUUAUUACAGAGUGACGGUGUUUGUGCCAUACUUAGAUAAUUUUAUCAGUCAAUUGUCAACCAGAUUUUUAAAUCAUAAAUCAAUAUUUAAUGGAUUUGAUUGUCUUUUCAAAACAAGCUUGAAUAAAGAAGAGAGGGAAGAAUUCAAAACACUUGUUGAAUUUUAUUCACCCCAUGUUGAAACUUUUGAUAUUUGUAUCAGUGAAUUACAGAUUUGGAAAAAUAAAAUUCAGGAUGCUGUGUUCAAAAAUGCCUUAGAAGCAAUAAAAAUAUGUGAUAAAGAUGUUUUCCCCAAUACGAGAUUAAACGGUUUAUCAUUGAUGUCUAUACAUCGAGACAUUGAAAUAAAAGUUGAUGAAGUCAUAGAUGAGCUGGCAUUAGACCCAAGAAAAAUUGACCUUCUUUUAUAA